CUAGGCAAACGCUGUAAGGCAGGGGAAUUGCUUGACGCUCUAGAUAACAGUUCAUACUUUCUGCCUGCUCGUAGUUACCUGUCUCUUCCAAGAUUGUAAUAUUAUUUUCCUGUUAUCGCUUAGGGUACGCUGCCGAGGAAUAAAAGAUUCCGGAUACAAAUAGCGCAACCACAGACGUCCGUUUUGUUCUCUAAAGUUUUUUCCCCCUUUUAAAGGUUUCUGUGCUGCAUAACUGCCAGGAGUGUUUAUUCUUAAGUACUCUGUAAAAUCCGUCGCGCGUCUUAGUUUUUGUUUUUUAAUUUUCCGAGGAACAUCGACCAUGGGGAAACACAACGCUAGAAAUUCGCCCAGUUUUGCCUUCGUACUGAUUAUGUUUGGGCUAGCGAUCCAAGAUGCGCUUAGUCAGAGGGUGAAGGUGCAGUCAGAAGUGGUCUCCUAUCCGGGCCAGACCGUCAGCCUGCAGUGUGAAUACCCCAACCAGUCAGGGACGGCACUCACGCAGGUGUCAUGGAUCUGGGAAACAGCUGACGGCAAGAGGGACAACAUAGCUGUCUACCACCCUGAUUUUGGGCCCAGUUAUCCCACUUCGCCUUUGAUGGGAAGGGUCACAUUUGUGAAACCCUCCCUUACGAACCCCUCCAUCACCAUCUCGGAUGUGAAGAUGACGGAUGAGGGCCGCUACAUCUGCGAGUAUGCCACCUACCCCAGUGGCAAUGAGCAGGGCACUACCACCCUCAUCAUGCUCGCCAAGCCAGAGAACAAUGGCUCCGCCAUCACAGCCGUGGCAGGAAACGCUUCGGUUGUUGUUGCGCGCUGUCAGUCGGCCAACGGCAGGCCACCAGCAAAGAUCACCUGGAUAAGUCCCUUCAAUGGCAAUGACACCAUGGUGACCAUUCCGGGCACGAGCAACACUGUGACCGUGAUCAGCGAGUAUAGGCUUGUCCCAACAGCAGCAGAUGAUGGCAAGGAAAUCAGAUGUGUCAUCGAGCACCGGACGCAGAGCAAAAAUGAGGAAAUCGGCAUCAAACUGGCCAUCGAGUAUCUCCCAAAAGUGAGCAUAACAGGCUACGAUGAAAACUGGUACAUGGGCCGGAGUUCUGCCACACUGAUGUGUCAGGCCUUUGGGAACCCUCCACCCUCCAUCUCCUGGAAAACCACCUCAGGGCCAUUGCCAGCAAACGUGCAGGUCCAGGAGGCCUACCUGACCGUGCCAAAGGUGGAUGACACCGUGAACACUACCUUUGUGUGUGAAGCGACAAACCAGCGGGGGACAGCCAGCCACCACCUCACGGUUAUGGUCAGAGACGGCCCAGUGAACUCGUCCAAUGCUGGCGUGGUGGCAGGUGCCGUGAUUGGCAGUCUUCUGGCCGUCCUGGUCGUGGGAGCCCUGGUCGCCGUGCUGGUGACCCGCCAUCGGCAGCAUGGGCAGGGCUACCGUGGCAAUGGCAACCAAGGGACGUACGAGAGCCGCAUCUUUGGGGGCAAGAAGACCAGCAAGAAUGGUACAGGGGGCAACAACAAUGGCCCCAUCUACACUUACCGGGACGGUGACCCCGAGGCCAUGACGGAGAAAUCCAACCACAUCAACAGGACGGAGGGCGUCGUGGUAACCACCCCCACUGCCCAAGACAUCCUGCUAAGUGGUGAGAUGGAUGAGGUGGAGAGGCGGAAGUUCGAUGACCUGGAAGACACUGAGGAGGAGAGGUACGUUCAUUUUGGCGGUGAGGAGUCCAUCCUUCAGAUCCGGCCCCAUGAGGAGGUGGGUGGCUACCUAGACGACGACAUGGAGUCCCAAAGAGAUGGUUCAGUCAUCUCCCGGACUGCCGUCUACGUCUAGGGAACGAGGUGCAGAGGAUGAAGAGAGGAAGAAGGAAGAGGAGGAGGAGGAAGAAGAUGAAAAACACAUGGAAGAAUCCAUCCAACAUUCUUCCGAAGGAAUCUUGACUUGCAGACUCUUCUGUUCUCUUAGAAGAAUAAAUGUUAGUUUUAUUUUUAAUAGUUUUUCACAUUGAGAUAACCAGAUGCACCCCAGAAAUGGAGGGAUGGAUUGACGGACUGUGGACUGGAAAGUGAAUAGUUUGGAUCCAAAAACCAAACAUUCAAGACCAUUUUUCCCCUCAGGCUGCUCAUUUUGCCCUAUAGAUUCUAUUACACGCUGAUAUUCACACCAUCAAAAAGGAAUCUGUGGCUGAUGUAACUGUAAGGCUCUGAAGACACUACAAAACACGUUUCGGGUUGCACAUAUAUGGGUGGAUAUAUGGCUAGUUUCACUAUGAUUUUUGGCCUAUAUGUGCACACAUUCACGCUCUUGUGUAAGGUGUGUUAUUUAUACAGCUGUAAGGUGCAGAUAUUCUCCAUCUUGGUGUACACUUCCAAGUUGGGAAAUACCACAAAGGUUAGGGAGACUGGUAGUAAUAACUUCAACUGGAUAAGGGUGAUUCCAGUCUCGGCUCCAGUCACUUUCUCCCCAGACGACGUAACACGGAAUUUGAUCUGUAAUGAGGCGUGAAAUUCGUUCCGGUUUUCAGGGAUGGACAGAUCGUCUCCGCCGAUAGCCCCCAACAUGCUGGAUCUGUUUAUCGCUGUGAUUUAUUUCGGUCCACUGCGUUCUGCCGAUGUAUGGAGGCGUGUGAGCUCGCGGCCCUCGUGUUCAAGUAUUUAUAGUGGUGCCAGAAAACGCUCUGGUGCAGAAGGGACGCGUAAGGGACGUGUCGGCGUAGGGGGAACGAGUUCUUUACCAUUGUCGAGAUGGCGUUUAUUGUCUCAGUUUUCUUUCAAGUAGAAGGAUUUCGCUUGGAGUUAUAUAUAUAUAUAUAUAUAUAUAUAUAUAUAUAUAUAUAUAUAUAUAUAUAUAUAUAUAGGCGUUACAGUGAUGCUGUGGGGUCAGUGGUACAUCAGUCCUCGUUUGUUCGAAAGGACAAGGGGCACGUGGUUUGUCGUUGUGGGGAUCCCAAUGAGAGAGACGUAUGCUGAAAUUUUGGGUCAUACCAUGUGCAUUAGAGGUCCUGGGGGUGGUUGGGAAGGGAUGAUACCUCAGUAUGAAGGGUGCUUGUGAAGAAUGGGGUGAUAUGUGUGUAGGGGAAUGUCUGCGGGUGGACACGCCUGCGAUAAACAUUUUAUGUGACAGCAUGGACCGGCACGGAUGUAUCCUGGCACUCUCACGCCUGCGUGCACCCAGUGACCCUGCUGCCGUUGCCACCCUAACAUAUCACAGUUGUUUGCACGUCACCGUUCUGUCACAAGAAAUAUAUAUAUAUAUUUUUUUUAUGUUUUAUGUUCGUGUGAAUGAUUUAUUUUUUGAAGAAAUGGUAAUUCUAUUCAUCCGUGAGAGUUAUAUGUAUAUCUUAGUGUAAGGUAUUCAUAUACAGUGUACUUAGAGUAAUUACAGAGUAUGUGUCUCAGAACUACUCGAAGUUUAUUAUCACAUGUAAAUAAGAUUUAAAGAGUCAAUAUUGUAGGUUUGAAGCUGCAGUGAAUGUUCCAGCUGUUGUCCUUUUAAAGACCCCAUCAAAUAAAUAAACAGUAAAUAAACAAGGAGAAAUACUUAGAAUUUAUGGUAAUUGUUUGCCUUGAAAACAGCUGGAGUUGUUCCCAGUAAUUGUGCCGUUCAACCCCCCCCCCCCCCCCCAAAUGAACAGCCCAUUUCGGCUGGCUGGCUCCACGCUCCAUCCUCCUGCUGUUUUGGCUCAGUCCAGCUCUCUGUGUAACUAAACGGUGCGUCGUCAUUCCUCAACCCCCUCCCCCCCCCCCCCCCCCCCGGUCAACCAGUCCUAUCAUCGCAGUAGUUUAUUGUGUGACAUCUCUCCGAGAAGUCAUGUGACUUGCCAAACCCCACCCUCCGUCUCGAUGCACUGACCAAAAAAAAACAUGCAAUUUUUCAGAGCUCUAAAAGAAAUGACAGAGAUGGGGUAUAAUCCUUUCGCUCUGUUGUGUGGAAGGAGAUAGCCGGGGGGGUGACGCAGAGCGAGCACAGUAGGCUUGGCCCCGGCCCCUCCCAUCACCUUCAGCACGGGGCCUUGGCAUCGAUUGCCAGGCUGCGGCUUCAGCGGAGUAAACAAGCCUUAACCCCGCGAUCUUUCCAGACAAGCUGCACGCCCUGUAUAUAUAUAUAUCUAUAAAUAUUGUACAUAAGUAUCAGACGAUAUCACUAAUUUAUGGUGUCGCGAUUCUGAGCAGGCAUGAAGGAUCCUUUCUGUUCUGUCAGUGCUUAUUUUCUCUUAGUUUUUAAGUGUUUUUAUAAUUUAUGACAGUGAUUUAUCAACUGCUGGUCUGCUGUUAUUUUCCAGUUAAAUAUCAAGUUGUGUUCUUACUGGUAUGUAUAUCACUGUGCAACCUUGUUUUUUUGAUUCCUUCGUUUCUUUCUCCGUCGUAGACUUGCGAUUCCUGUUCCUCGUGUUUCUUUGUAUUUUGUUGCAAUUAAAGUCUUUUUGGAAUUUUAAAAA